GCUGAUUCUAGUAACUCUUCCUGCUCUCACCAGCACAGGCUGAUUUGAAUUUCUAGGCUUCAGUUUAUUGCAAUGGGGUUUCACGUCCUGCUAAGUGUGUUGGCACUGCUGCUGAUCAAUGGUGUCAGCACUGUAACAUCGGCUACGGUUCCUCCAAGUAUGGCCUCCACCACAACAUCAAGAAGCACUGCUGGUGUCAGCACUUUAACCACGACUACUGUUCCUCCAAGUACAACCUCCACCACUACAUCAAGAAGCACGACUGGUAUCAUCUCCCCAACCACUACUACUCUUCUGAGUAUGAUCUCCACCACUAAAUCAACUGGUGUGAGCUCUGUAACCUCAACUACUGCUCCUACAAGCACAACCUCCACCGCUGGAUCAAGAAGCACCACUGGUGUCAGCUCCAUAACCUCAACUACUGCUCCUACAAGCACGACCUCCACCACUAAUUCAAGGAGCACUACUGGAGUCAGCACGGUAACAUCAACUACAAGCACAACCUCCACAGCUGGAUCAAGAAGCACCACUGGUGUCAGCUCCAUAACCUCAACUACUGCUCCUACAAGCACGACCUCCACCACUAAUUCAAGGAGCACUACUGGUGUCAGCGCCGUACCAUCAACCACUGUUCCUACAAGCAUGACCUCCACCGCUAAUUCGAGAAGCACUACUGGUGUCAGCACCGUAACCACUGCAUCAAGAAGCACGACUGGUGUCAGCUCCAUAACCUCAACUACUGCUCCAACCUCAACCACUGGAUCAAGAAGCACGACGGGUGUCAGCGCCGUAACAUCCACCACUGCUUCUACAAGCACAGCCUCGACUGCUGGAUCAAGAAGCACCACAAGUGUCAGCUCCGUAACCUCAACUACUGCUCCUACAAGCACGACCUCCACCACUAAUUCAAGGAGCACUACUGGAGUCAGCACGGUAACAUCAACUACAAGCACAACCUCCACAGCUGGAUCAAGAAGCACCACUGGUGUCAGCUCCGUAACCUCAACUACUGCUCCUACAAGCACGGCCUCCACCGCUAAUUCGAGAAGCACUACUGGUGUCAGCACUGUAACCUCAACUACGGCUCCUACAACCUCCACCACUGCAUCAAGGAGCACGACCGGUGUCAGCACCGCAAAAUCAACCACUGUUCCUACAAGCACAGCCUCCACUGCUGGAUCAAGGAGCACCCCUGGUGUCAGCUCCGUAACCUCAACUACUGCUCCUACAAGCACGACCUCCACCACUAAUUCAAGGAGCACUACUGGUGUCAGCGCCGUACCAUCAACCACUGUUCCUACAAGCAUGACCUCCACCGCUAAUUCGAGAAGCACUACUGGUGUCAGCACCGUAACCACUGCAUCAAGAAGCACGACUGGUGUCAGCUCCAUAACCUCAACUACUGCUCCAACCUCAACCACUGGAUCAAGAAGCACGACGGGUGUCAGCGCCGUAACAUCCACCACUGCUUCUACAAGCACAGCCUCGACUGCUGGAUCAAGAAGCACCACUGGUGUCAGCUCCGUAACCUCAACUACUGCUCCUACAAGCACGACCUCCACCACUAAUUCAAGGAGCACUACUGGAGUCAGCACGGUAACAUCAACUACAAGCACAACCUCCACAGCUGGAUCAAGAAGCACCACUGGUGUCAGCUCCGUAACCUCAACUACUGCUCCUACAAGCACGGCCUCCACCGCUAAUUCGAGAAGCACUACUGGUGUCAGCACUGUAACCUCAACUACGGCUCCUACAACCUCCACCACUGCAUCAAGGAGCACGACCGGUGUCAGCACCGCAAAAUCAACCACUGUUCCUACAAGCACAGCCUCCACUGCUGGAUCAAGGAGCACCCCUGGUGUCAGCUCCGUAACCUCAACUACUGCUCCUACAAGCACGACCUCCACCACUAAUUCAAGGAGCACUACUGGUGUCAGCGCCGUACCAUCAACCACUGUUCCUACAAGCAUGACCUCCACCGCUAAUUCGAGAAGCACUACUGGUGUCAGCACCGUAACCACUGCAUCAAGAAGCACGACUGGUGUCAGCUCCAUAACCUCAACUACUGCUCCAACCUCAACCACUGGAUCAAGAAGCACGACGGGUGUCAGCGCCGUAACAUCCACCACUGCUUCUACAAGCACAGCCUCGACUGCUGGAUCAAGAAGCACCACUGGUGUCAGCUCCGUAACCUCAACUACUGCUCCUACAAGCACGACCUCCACCACUAAUUCAAGGAGCACUACUGGAGUCAGCACGGUAACAUCAACUACAAGCACAACCUCCACAGCUGGAUCAAGAAGCACCACUGGUGUCAGCUCCGUAACCUCAACUACUGCUCCUACAAGCACGGCCUCCACCGCUAAUUCGAGAAGCACUACUGGUGUCAGCACUGUAACCUCAACUACGGCUCCUACAACCUCCACCACUGCAUCAAGGAGCACGACCGGUGUCAGCACCGCAAAAUCAACCACUGUUCCUACAAGCACAGCCUCCACUGCUGGAUCAAGGAGCACCCCUGGUGUCAGCUCCGUAACCUCAACUACUGCUCCUACAAGCACGACCUCCACCACUAAUUCAAGGAGCACUACUGGUGUCAGCGCCGUACCAUCAACCACUGUUCCUACAAGCAUGACCUCCACCGCUAAUUCGAGAAGCACUACUGGUGUCAGCACCGUAACCACUGCAUCAAGAAGCACGACUGGUGUCAGCUCCAUAACCUCAACUACUGCUCCAACCUCAACCACUGGAUCAAGAAGCACGACGGGUGUCAGCGCCGUAACAUCCACCACUGCUUCUACAAGCACAGCCUCGACUGCUGGAUCAAGAAGCACCACUGGUGUCAGCUCCGUAACCUCAACUACUGCUCCUACAAGCACGACCUCCACCACUAAUUCAAGGAGCACUACUGGAGUCAGCACGGUAACAUCAACUACAAGCACAACCUCCACAGCUGGAUCAAGAAGCACCACUGGUGUCAGCUCCGUAACCUCAACUACUGCUCCUACAAGCACGGCCUCCACCGCUAAUUCGAGAAGCACUACUGGUGUCAGCACUGUAACCUCAACUACGGCUCCUACAACCUCCACCACUGCAUCAAGGAGCACGACCGGUGUCAGCACCGCAAAAUCAACCACUGUUCCUACAAGCACAGCCUCCACUGCUGGAUCAAGGAGCACCCCUGGUGUCAGCUCCGUAACCUCAACUACUGCUCCUACAAGCACGACCUCCACCACUAAUUCAAGGAGCACUACUGGUGUCAGCGCCGUACCAUCAACCACUGUUCCUACAAGCAUGACCUCCACCGCUAAUUCGAGAAGCACUACUGGUGUCAGCACCGUAACCACUGCAUCAAGAAGCACGACUGGUGUCAGCUCCAUAACCUCAACUACUGCUCCAACCUCAACCACUGGAUCAAGAAGCACGACGGGUGUCAGCGCCGUAACAUCCACCACUGCUUCUACAAGCACAGCCUCGACUGCUGGAUCAAGAAGCACCACUGGUGUCAGCUCCGUAACCUCAACUACUGCUCCUACAAGCACGACCUCCACCACUAAUUCAAGGAGCACUACUGGAGUCAGCACGGUAACAUCAACUACAAGCACAACCUCCACAGCUGGAUCAAGAAGCACCACUGGUGUCAGCUCCGUAACCUCAACUACUGCUCCUACAAGCACGGCCUCCACCGCUAAUUCGAGAAGCACUACUGGUGUCAGCACUGUAACCUCAACUACGGCUCCUACAACCUCCACCACUGCAUCAAGGAGCACGACCGGUGUCAGCACCGCAAAAUCAACCACUGUUCCUACAAGCACAGCCUCCACUGCUGGAUCAAGAAGCACCCCUGGUGUCAGCUCCGUAACCUCAACUACUGCUCCUACAAGCACGACCUCCACCACUAAUUCAAGGAGCACUACUGGUGUCAGCGCCGUACCAUCAACCACUGUUCCUACAAGCAUGACCUCCACCGCUAAUUCGAGAAGCACUACUGGUGUCAGCACCGUAACCUCAACUACGGCUCCUGCAACCUCCGCCACUGCAUCAAGAAGCACGACUGGUGUCAGCUCCAUAACCUCAACUACUGCUCCAACCUCAACCACUGGAUCAAGAAGCACAACGGGUGUCAGCGCCGUAACAUCCACCACUGCUUCUACAAGCACAGCCUCGACUGCUGGAUCAAGAAGCACCACAAGUGUCAGCUCCGUAACCUCAACUACUGCUCCUACAAGCACGACCUCCACCACUAAUUCAAGGAGCACUACUGGAGUCAGCACGGUAACAUCAACUACAAGCACAACCUCCACAGCUGGAUCAAGAAGCACCACUGGUGUCAGCUCCGUAACCUCAACUACUGCUCCUACAAGCACGGCCUCCACCGCUAAUUUGAGAAGCACUACUGGAGUCAGCACUGUAACAUCAACUACAAGCACAACCUCCACAGCUGGAUCCAGAAGCACCACUGGUGCCAGUUCUGUAACCUCAACUCCUGUUCCCACAAGCAUGACCUCCACCACCGGAUCAAGAAGCACUACUGGUGUCAGCUCCGUACCAUCCACCACUGCCACUACAAGCCCAACCUCCACUGCUGGAUCAAGAAGCCCCACAGGUGUCAGCACCGUAACUACUGUUCCUACAAGCACAAGCUCCACCGCUAAUUCAAGGAGCACUACUGGUGGAAGCACCGCAACCACAACUACUACAAGUAGGACCACCGCUACAACACCAAGAAGCAAUAUCAGUGGCAACACAACUACUAUAAGAGGCUCUAGUCCUUAAUGAAGAAGCCUUACUGGCAGAAGAAAAUCUCCAGGCUCAGAUGCCAAAUCAAAAUACUGCAUUGUCUGUUUUCUUUCUUUGUGUAAUAAACCUCAUAUAAUUCUUUAAAUAUUUCCUUUAAGCAUAUGAAUAAAAAGACUGAAGAGCUUUAA